GCAAAAAUCCGGAACUCUGCACCGGAAGUAGUUUCUGUUGUUACCGUUUGUCGCAUUUGGACACAUUUCUUAUUAAAUAAACGGACCUGAGCAUCUAAUGUGAGAAACGAUAGCACGAGCUCUGUGGGACUAAAUUCGUCAAUAUAUCGGCGUACAUUGGGAUAGUUGGUAAACAGCACAUUUAACCGUAAAUCGAUUAUCACAAACUGGUGUUAGCGCACAAAUACACCAAGGAGAGGAGGAGCCGCCAUCGGUAAUGUAAAGGCUCAACUAUUCACGACCACACACUGGGUACACGCACCACGUGGUGUUUGUGUCCGUCAUGAUGUCUGCCGUCUGUCGAUGCGGUCUGCUCGGCCGUGUCUCUAAAUUACACGCGACACAGGUCCUGAGGUGUGGGUACAAUGUGCCUCCACCACAGAGGAGGACGCCCGACAUCCGCCUCCGAGUUGCAAACACCGCCUUCACGCAGACGACCAACAUAAGCACCGUGAGCAUGGCGAACACGUCAAGCAUGCGCAGUGUUUCUGGUUCGAGGUGCCUGUCGAGUUCAACUGAGAAGGGAGCAACUCGAGUGAAGAGGGUUUCCAUCGAGGGCAACAUUGCUGUGGGAAAGUCGACCUUUGCUAGACUCAUGCAGUCAGCUUGUCCUGACUGGGAGGUGGUGGCAGAACCAGUCAGCCAGUGGCAGAACAUUGAGAAUGGGACUCUGCAGGGGCCGGACGCGUCCCCCCAGACGACAGUCAGCAACCUGCUGCAGAUGAUGUACCAGGACCCUCAGCGCUGGUCCUACACAUUCCAGACGUUUUCCUGCAUGAGCCGCCUGAGAACGCAGCUGCAGCCUCCUCCGGCUCACCUGCUCAGCUCAGAGGGAACACCUGUCCAGGUGUAUGAGCGCUCCAUCUACAGUGACAGGUACAUCUUUGCCCUGAACAUGUUUGAGCUGGGUUGUAUCAACUCGACAGAGUGGGCAGUCUACCAGGACUGGCACUCCCUCCUGGUGGAGCAGUUUGGACACCAGGUGGAGCUGGAGGGCAUCAUAUACCUCCGGGCUCCACCAAAGAAAUGCAUGGAGCGUCUGAAGCACCGGGGAAGGGCAGAGGAGAAAGGAGUGGAACUGGACUAUCUGGAUAAGCUGCAUGUUCAGCAUGAGAGGUGGCUUGUUGAGAAGAGCACCGAAUUACACUUUGAGAAGCUGAAACGAAUACCUGUGUUGCAACUGGACGCCUCUGUGGAGUUUCAAAGUGACCCAGAGGUGCAGGAGGAAAUGAUAAGAAAGAUAAAAGACUUCUUCAAAGCUUUGUGAGAAGACGGCUACCAUCUCCAGUGGGAAAUUGAUAAGACCAGUACAAAUAACUACACAUUUAUUGAGGGAUGGGAAUAUAAUGUAGUAUCAAAGGACUCUUUUUGAUAGGUAGUCGGACCACGCUGUACAUGAAGCAUGGAUUUCGUUUCUUUCUGUCUACAAAUGUCUUACCUCAAAAGAAAAUGAAUGUUGAAUUGUUUUCUGCUUUUGUUAUUUGUAUCUUAUUGGAGUUAAAAGUUAGUGGUUAUACUGUUUUACUUGAAAUCAAAACUAAGUCUAAGCCGUCACUUCUACGAUCAUUUGGAAACGGUUUACUGAGCAUCGGACAGUUUUAGUGUCAGUUACUGUUUUACAAAUAAUUAGUUGUGUGUUAUCAAAUACAAACCCAUUCUUAUUGUUUUGAUGUGAUGUAUUGUCCCUUUUAUCAAUUAAAUGACUUCUUUUAUUCCUA